AUUCGUCGUCAGUAUUAUGUCUAUACCCGUCGCGAGUAUACCUUUGGCGGCUUCUUAUACAUUCUGUAUAACUAAACGAAAUAUAAAUCUGCUGUUGUAUUUUGCUUCGUGAUUUUCACGAUGAAGUGUAUAUGCUAUCCGUAACGUGCGAUAACUAGCAGUUCUAAAAAUACAAAGAGCCUCCAAAUUCACUAUAAGCGUGCGAUUGAACGUAUUUGGAGAUGUGCGUUGAUCAAACGAUGUUUCCAUUAGGGUGCUGCCUGGUUAUUGUGUGAAGUGUACUUAAGUUUGCGUAAUCCAAAACUGGGCGAAAUAUGUGGAUUGGCUAAUCAUUGUGAAUUUCAUCGAUCGAUAGAUAAGAGUAACUCAACCGGCAGUGAGGCAUCUGCUGCUGAAGAAGGUGAGGGGAAAAUGAGCGUGGACAAGAAAGCCGAGAUGCUGGCGAAACUUACCCCUCUACAGUACCGGAUCACCCAGGAGGCCGGUACCGAGAGGCCGUUUACAGGAAAGUACAACAAAUUCUACGAGAAGGGGACCUACAUUUGCGUGGUGUGCAGCCAAGAAUUGUUCAGCUCAGACACGAAAUAUGACUCUGGUUGCGGUUGGCCGGCCUUCAACGAUGUGCUCGACAAGGGCAAGGUGACGCUUCACGCAGACCCAAGUUUAGCCGGCGGCAAUCUCCUAUUGUUGAUCACACAACCAGGCCGCAUGCGGACGGAGGUUAGGUGCUCCAAAUGUGGCGCCCAUAUGGGUCAUGUAUUCGAGGAUGGACCACUACCGACGCGCAAACGGUAUUGCAUCAACUCGGCAUCAAUCGAAUUUAUUCCUGCUGGGACAGAGCGCAAAGAUCCAGUCUAAUCCAGCCAAAAAUCUAAACCUUGCAGGCACAGGAUAAUACGCCUGUAUAGAAUAGAAUUGGCCAUCGGCGCGAUUUGCGUUUGUUUUUAUUUAAAUAUGUAAGAAAUGGAAGGAUCCAAUCGAUUAAAAAACAUUGCGCAUGAAGUGCGACCAAAAAGAGUGCGAUUAUACAUGGAGUGUGAGGAAAAAUAAUCUAUUGACAUAAUAGCACAACCAAAACCAUUUUUAUGUUGACCAAUCUGCAAAAAAAGAUUUGGUAAUAAUGACAAAAUGUUAUUUGAUAUUUAUAUGAUUUUGUGUUUGAAAUGCAAAAAAAAAAGAUUAAUACUAAAUCAGGUACAUUGCAAACUUCCCUGGUUCCUCACUAACUUUUAAAUCCGUAGAUUAUGUAGGGAUUAAAUUAUUACAUAAACAAAGUGAAUGUACAAUAUUACAUUUUAUAAAACUGUCAGUUAAAUCAAGGCAGAAAACAAAAAUCGAACGGUAGGAUAUACUAAAUAUAUAUAUAUAUAUAUAUAUAUAUAUAUAUAUAUAUA